AUAUUAUUAAUAAAAAACUACUGUUGUCGUGCGACGUGCAUCGGCAUAUUAUUCAGGAAUAUCGUUAAAGCUCACAGGACAAGACGCUUUGUUGAUAUAAUCAAUAGAGUACCCCUUGUGCCAUUUUCCCGCUGGCGCUUAUCAUGGACAUAGCGGUGUGUACAUGUGCAGAUGAUAAGGACUAAGCAGUCAGUAUUCCGAUUUACGCCGUCGGCAGGCCAGCCGAGCCCCGACCAGGCAGAAGGCAGUCACCACUCACCAGUAGCCAUUCGUCAGUCCGCGUUGGGGCUUGGGUCUCUCGGAUUCCCACUGAACUACUAGUUACGACAGCGGUUGGCGUUUACAAGUCGAUGGCCCCUUGUUUUCAUAUUUUGAACAAGUAUUUUUGUUUUCCAAUGGUCUUGUUUUGUUCAUAUAAAUAGUCCAUGUAAGGCGAAUUCACCGAUUGAGACCAUGAAGUCAACAAGAUACUCAAAAGGUGAGAAAGUAUUGUGCAAAUGGCACAAUGUUUGCUAUGAGGCAAAAAUAAUUGAUAUCCGUCUUGAAAUUGAUGGUGAACAGUAUUAUUGUAUUCAUUACUUAAAAUUUAGUAAAAAAUGGGAUGAAAUUGUAAGCGAAGAACGGCUUAUGCCUCAUACUCCCCAUAACCUAAAUGUUAUGAAGCAAAUAAGAAAGUUUGCCAACAAAAAAAAGCGUGAAAUGAAUAAAGCAAUAAAAGAAGGAAGACUUUACGUUGAUACAGAGUAUGAAGAUAUUAUUAGUAAUUUAACUAAAAAUUUAAUACCAAAACUUGAUGGGCAAAAGUUAAUGCAUCAAAAUGCAUCAUCAAGUUCUCUGUGGACGAACAGAUCACCAAAGCAUUGUCAUCCUAAAGAAACUCAAAUAAAGCAUGUUACGAAAGAAGCACAUGUGGCAGUGUGUCGUAUGGUGUUCCCCGUAACACAAAAUAGUCAAUGUGAGCAGUCUAUAGAAACUCACAAUUUAAGAAAUACUUCUGAAUCUAACAAAGAAUUAAGUCAUAGUGUAGAAAAUGGUUGUGAUUCUAGUAAUAGCCAGAUGCAUAUUGUUGAAUUUAAUAGUCAAAAUUCUUCAAUUGAAGGUCAAUUAAAUCCUCAGACGCCUUCAUUUGCUAAAAACGAGGAACAUAUUCUAAGUACAAUAACUACUGUUAAAAACAUGGAAGAGGAUUUAAUAAAAAAACCUGUUUCUAUAAAUACCAAGGUACACAAUGGUUAUUAUGAAAACCAACUGUCAGCUGAGUUAAAAGUACAACAACUUCAACCGGAUGUGUUAAAUUGUAGUGUUUCGUCGCAUGUAGAGAAUAAUAUUCUUUUUCAACAUAAAGUUUUAUCUAACAAUGAUAUACAAACAAAUAAUAAAAAUUUAUUAGAUAAUCGAAUAGCAAUCAAAGAUAUAAAUGUUUCUGAACGUUCAAAUGAAAACUUCAUUCCUCAAGUUUCAAAUGACAUAACUUUAUGUAACAAUCAAACUAUAAACAAUGGUCAAAGUCUUACUAUUUCGAAAAUUAAAGACUUAAAACGAAAAAGGAAGAGUAGCUAUGAUGAUACAAAAAAAAUUAAGUAUACUAUUGAUCAAAAUCGAGAUAAUCUAGAAGACUCUGUUGAUACCUCUUUAGUCAACAAUAAUGACACAUGUUCAUCCAAUCUGAAUUCUUCUGCAUGUAGCAUAAUGUCCCCGUGCUUAACACAUAAAAAUGGAAUUCGAAGGAGUAAUACCUUGGAACAAAUGGUUAGUCAGUUACACCAAACAGAAAAUUCUAUAGAUUUGUUAAAAUCGAAUAAUAAACCAGUGGUUAUAGCCAGUACAAAAUAUUCCAGCCAAGUGACUGGAGAAGGAUGUUUUAGUGGACAUUCUUCAAUCGAAAGGGAAAUUAACGGAGUGGCCCCCGUAAUUGUCAAAGAAAAUAAUAUUAGAGAUGUAUUUGAACACCCACCAUUAAGUUAUGACAAUACUAUGGUCAACUAUACCUUACAAGAAUCUGAAGUGAUAAAUACACUUGAUAACAUGUUUCACAUGCGGCAAAGGCAUACUUUAACGGUACUCAAUAAACAUGAGCCACAAAUACCGCCUAGUCCACUUAACUGUGCUGAAAUAACUCCCAAGACCAGCAGUAAUCACAACACAAAUGAAGUUGUAAAGGAAUUACAAUAUACAUCUGAUAGUUCAUCUACAAGCACAAAUAAUCAUAUCAGUGAUGAGGAUGUGAGUGAACCGUCAAGUGUGCAUAUUGGUAAAAAAUCGGAUGAACAAGAUUCAAUUCAUCAGAUUAAUCAAGAGUACUCUUCAAGUGUUGAACAAUCCAAUGACGUUGCAACAACAAGCUAUUUAGCCAAAAAGCUUUUAAAACCAAGAGUAGCGGCAGCCAAAGCAGCUGUUGCGAUUACUUUGAUGAGUAAACCUUUUCCUGAGCACGACGCACAAGGAAAAAAAUUAAAAAACGGCAAGAAGAAACGUGAUGAUGGUGAUUCUUUAGACGGCGAUGACUUGGAAUUAAAAGACUAUGGUUUAGAUUUUCCGGACUGUUGUGUGAGGAUAUAUAUCGAAGACCAUCAUUUGGUCGAAGAUGACAGAUAUAUAUUCACUUUACCGGCACGGCUAUCUGUGUAUAUGAUAUUCUGUGACUACGCAAGGAAAUUCCCAGUAUGUAUGGACACUCUGAAUGUUAUGUUGGACGCUUUCAACCAAGGUCUAGGAGUAUGGUGUUUACAUAGAAUAGAAAAAUUACAGUAUCAGCAGAUACUUGAGAAAUAUCCUGAUCGUACUGUGAGUCAUAUAUACGGCCUACCUCAUCUAGUCAGAUUUCUAAUGUGUCUUCCAAAACUGUUUCAUUUGAUGAAAAAUGAUUGUGUAGAUUUUGUGCCAAACGUCACUCAUUUCGCUAGAGGACUUUUCAUCUAUUUGGCCGAUGAGGACUUUCAUAUCGACGUCGACAGAGAUUAUCAACCUGUAAUGCCAGACUACUUUAGGUUGACUUAUUAUUAGCAAUUUCAAGUCAGAAAUAGAUUCUUGUUGUUAUUAUUAUUAUUGUGUAUUAAAUUUUAUUUAUGUGGUGAAAGUCUAGACACAUAUUAUAUGAGGUGCUCUAAUCUAAAUAGCAUUAUAAGUAUUUAGAACGUAAGGCUUUUUUUCAUUAUUUAUAUAUUCUGCUUAAAUUUUGUUAUUUAUUUAUUUUUUAUGUCCAUUUAUAUUUCUGAACCCUUUUAAAGUAUUUUGGUAUAAAUCGAGAAAAAAUGUUCUCCUCCAUACCAUCAAUUAAAUUAUCCAAAACAAUUACAAUUAAGUUACUACGUAAGAUUGACUCAUGUUUACUCCUUAAUUCGUUUUUGUCGAAAUUUACAAUAUUGUAUUUUGUCUUCUUUAUUGUUAAGUUGUUAAAGACUUUUUAAAAGUAAUGUGUUCAUAAUGAUCAUUUAUUUAAUUUAUAACGUUUUUUUUUUGUAAUAUUACACAGCUGUUGUUGUUGAUUUUGAUAUUGUUAAUUAGUUUCUACUCGUUACAAGAACAGGGUGUAAAUUGUUGGACAUAUAUAUUAUUAUUUAUAAAUAAAGAAACAUUGCAUAGAU